GUGGUCUUUGCAAUUGUCUCAGUGACUCCACACAAGAAACUCUCUGAAGCUGUGCUGGGGGAUGCCAUCCUCAAGUUCUAUGAGAUUGAGAAUUUGAUCCCCACAGGUGUGCAAAGAGUUGCCCUAGAACCCUGGUGUGCUAAGAUGGCCUUUGCAAGUCGCAAGCUGGUGCAGAGGUUCAGGCCGCUCUUCUUCGAAACUCCACACAACGCAAAAAAUGAUAUGUUGAAGAAGUUGAAGGCAAGGCUUGUGGAUGCUGGUGUGGCGCCUGACCGUGAUGAAAAACCCAAUCUAAAACGAGAGGCUUCUGCAGAGGAUGUGGAGGCAAUUCAGCCUAAGGGCUUUGACUGGGGCGCUCUUGCUGCAGUUGUUGCAAAACACAAGGCAACUGAAGCUACUGGAAAACAGGUAGCUGGAGCUAAUGAAGGCAAGGCUCAGGAGGCUUUGCGUGCUUUGCGGGGCAAUGCUGACAGCAAAGCUGAAAGUGAAAACAAUGGACAGAUGAGACCUGUGUUCAAGGCAGCCCAGACAGAAUUCAUCAACUCCCUCCGCUCUGAAAAGAAGAUUGGCUACAGGGAGGCUUGCGCACAAUGGAUGCUUUCUGCGCAAAGGGCAUCCUUUCUAGAAGGUAUGCCUUAUGCGGAAAUGAAAAAGCGCAGGUGCUGUGCUUCACAUCAGCGUUCGGUGCUUUUCCCAUUGGGCAACAUGGCCUUGGCCUUUGUUGCAAAAGGAAACAAGUUGGCAUCCAGGAUGGCGCUAGUGAUUUGGUACGCUGUCAGCUCGGCCAUGAGAAUCUUGCUGGAGCAGCCGCAGCACUCGGCUGCAGAGUUGCAUCCCAGGCUUGAUGAAGUCUUUCAGGGCCUCACUAUCUUUAAGUCUGGAAUGUGGGGUGGCUAUUACAGCUCUGACCCAAGCCAAAGCACACCUAAAAGGCACUGGCUAUACAGCAAUGAUCGGAUGAUGCUGGAACGCAUCUUUAAUGUUGCUGGGAGGAUGACUGCUGAUCAGCUGGCUCAACUUUCGGGGCCUGCCUUGACCACUCGAAAGAGAAACGCUGAUGGUAAGCUGGUCUGGUCUGGGGUGAAGAAGACAAUGUCUGCAAGCCAGGCAUACCAUGAGAAGUUUGGCUGGCACUUGGCACAGCUAAAGCGGGAGAUGGGAGAAGUGCAUUGGGAGGAGCUGCAGCAGGAGAACGGUGGUCGUGCCCCAACGGCCAAGCAAUUGGCGCAGACCUGUGACAUCUCGAUGGACACAGCCAAAGAGAUUCUUGCAGAGCUCAAGGAGAUAGUCCCCCCUCCGCCCAAGAGGGCCAGGAAGGUUGCUGAGAAGAAGCCUGAGUCUGCAGAGAGUCUUGCAGAGAAACCUGUGCAGGAAGAGACUCAGGAACCUGCAGGGAAACCUUCUUCUGGGACACCUGCAGAGGCAAAGUCUCCUAUGGCUGUUGAAACACCAACCCCACCAAGUGCUGUGGUCGCUGUCGAUGAAGAAACCCAGCUAGAUGCGUUUGAACAACAUGUGGAGCAGUUGUUCACCGAGCCUACUGCAGGGCAGAGGAUGAAACAGUCCAUUGCAACACUGCUUCGUGGCCAGCAGAUGGUGCGUGGGAAGUCCACUGUGGAGAUUGAUUUGGCGUCUCAAGAUGAGGAAACGCCUAUGAAUGAAGAGGAAGUACCAGAAGCACCUACAGGGGAACAUGUGGACCCUGUGCGUUCUGGUGAGCUACUGGCGCCUCCUACUAUACCAGCCGCCUCUCCAGCUGUGCCUCCACCUGGUCCAGCUGUGGGUGAGAGGCAGCCAGGUGAUAUGGGCCCACCUGCAGAGCUGCCCUCGUCCUCAAGCCACAAGAAACAGUGGUUGCUUCUGGAGCGUGUUGCCAAAGGACCACGGGCAGCAAGCUACCCACAGCUUGCCAAGAUGUUCAGUGGAACAACCCUUGAGAAGCGUCAGGCUCUCAAGCGCUUCCUGGAUGCUGGUGAGCAUUUGGAGAAUGCUGAGGCCAGCUUUACUGUCACAAAGACCCAGGAGCAGGAGGUGAACCGCAACAGGGCCUUGCUGACUAUUCGCCAGAUGAAUGAGCACAACUUUUCAGCGGCAAAGAUUGCGGCUUGUGUUGCUCGUGGUGGAAUUCCAGAUGAAGAUGCUCCUGGUGAUGAAGCCAGUAUGCGCUUCUGGUGUUCCAUUUCGACCAGUGAGAGCUCAACGGACAGGUCCACCAUGUCUGCACAAGUGCAGGCACAGGUGAGGCCUCAAGAUUUGAUUCCGACCUUGACCAUGGCUCCUGAUGUGUCUGCUCCCUCUGUCAGCCUUCCAGACCCAGUGGGCAUGGUCAGGAACCAGGGCGGUGGAGUGGCAAAGGCAAAACCCAAGCCCAAGAGUGCUCCUUUGUCUCAGAUGGCGCUGGCUGGCAAAACUUUGGACGAGAAGGUGUCCCUUGCUCGUGGUGAGGUGCGGAAAGAGCUUACAGCUCUCAAUGCCUUACAUUUGGACAGCACGGAUUUUGAGCAGAUGCAGUCUCAGCGUGCAGAGAUUGAGAUGCACAUUACUACCGUGAAGGGUGACCAUGCAAGGACUGGUUUUUAA